AUGGAAAAGCUAGUAAACUUUCCAAUUGAAGUAUUGGAAUUAAUAUUCCAACAAAUAAAUCAUCACAUGGUAAUAGCCUUAAUGCCAUUACAUUCAAGAUUUUAUGAAAUUGGUCAAAAAAAGUUAUACAAAAAUAUUCAUAUUUAUUUGAAACGUCAUUUAAAGAAAGCUUCCCCUUCUGAAGCAAAUAAGCCAGAUUACGAAUUAGGCUGGAGAGCUCAUAAAGAAAUUUUGAACGACUUUACCAAAAAAUAUACUGUGAUUUCAUCAUGCAAUUUUUAUGUUAACAUCAAUAAGAAUAAAAUGAAUAGAUAUCAACAUAUUGAACAUCUUAGUAUUGAAAAUCUUGAACCUGUAUUUUAUGCAUCAAAGUUGUCAUUUGAAAGUAGAAAAGGUGUUACACCAUUAUUCUUGAGAAAAAUAUUUAAAUAUUUUAAAAAUUUAGAUUAUGUUAGUUUUGCUUUAUCAAAUAAUCAACUUAAUAGAAAAAAUAAAGACAAAUCUGAUGACGGAAUAAAAGGUAAAACUUUUCUAAUUCCUGAUGAACUUCCUGACUUUUAUCGACAUGUAUUGUUUUUGGAGGAAAAAAACCCAAGGUCAUAUGAUUUUUUGUACAAUAAUUUAAAAAGUUUGAAAUUUUCAUUUGAACCACCCGACAACUCCAUAAAAGAAUAUGAACACCAUGAAUUAUCUAAAAGCAUUGACUUAUUCAACAAAAUCAAUUUAUUUAAAAAACUUGAAGAGUUACAUCUCACAUUUGACCAACUUAUUGAUUUAAUGGAUCCAUUAUUGCUUGAAAGAUUGAAUAAAAUAAACUGCAAAUUAAAAAAACUUGAUUUAUUGUUUUGGGCUAAAUUUAUAUUUAUAGCAGAUGAUAAAUUCAAGUUUGAGGAAAUAUUAAUUAACGCCAAUUUACCAAAAUUGAGAAAUUUAAUUCUAUCUUCAGGAACUUUAGAUUUAAAGUCAAUUGACGUCUCAAAAUUACAUAAAUUGAUCAUAUGUACAGAUGAGGCUAAUAAUAGGUAUGCCACAAGAAUUGCUAAACUUUAUCUUAUAAAUCCAAGUUUGAGAAUAUCUUGGUGGCCAAGAUUUACGGAUUUAUAUUUUGAUGAGAUAUUAUUUAAUUCAGAUAAUUUACAAAUAUAUUCGCCUGAUUAUUUUCAAAUUAUAUCUUGUCAAUGGCCAUCAUAUUUUUUCAAAAGUGAUAUAAUCUCAAUUACAAAAAAAGACAAACUGAGUUCUCGUAAACAUAAUUCCAAAAACUCAAAAGAAUUAAAUAUAAUUUUAAAACAUGAUUAUUCAGUUGAAGAGCUUCAUGGUAUGGACAUGUUGGAUAUUGAAUGUAGGGACAAACCUUAUAAAAUCUUUAAAAAACACGAUCCAUUUUAUAAAAGGUAG